GCCCUCCUCUUCCUGCCUCAUCUCCGCUCUCUGCUUUAGGAAACGUGGCCUUAUCCGGACUCCAGUAGCACCGCGGUAGAUGAAUGACAAACUCACCGCUUCAGCUUCUACCUCUAUCUGUCUAUCACUUAACGCCACAGCUUUGGCAGUUCCCCGAAAGCUCUCCGUGUGAAGAACCAUGUCUGAGGCUGACCAAGCUCCGGCCUCGGCUCCGGAGGCCGCUGCCUCCGCAGUCCUGGACGCCCUGAACGCCACGGACUCCAACGGGACCGAGGCGCUCAACGCUACGGCGAAAUUUGUCGCCACCCCGGAGGGUACGGCUCUGGCGUACGGCAGCCUGGUCUUCAUGGCGCUCCUGCCCAUUUUCUUCGGAGCCCUGCGAUCUGUCAGCUGCUCUAAAUCAAAGGAGCUUGGAGAAAAUGAUUACGAUUCUGGGUUCAGAAAUGCAGCUGACAUGCCGGAGACCAUCACCAGUCGGGACGCAGCGAGGUUUCCCAUCAUCGCCAGCUGCACUCUGUUUGGGCUCUACCUCUUCUUCAAGGUAUUUUCUCAAGAGUACAUCAACCUGCUGCUCUCCGUCUACUUCUUCGUCCUGGGCGUCCUGGCUCUGUCUCACACUAUGAGUCCUCUGAUGUCCAGAAUCUUCCCAGCUUCAUUCCCAAACAAACAGUACCAGCUGCUCUUCACUCAGGGCUCCGGAGAGUCCAAAGAAGAAAUAGUCAAUUAUGAAUUUGACACCAAGAACCUGGUGUGUCUGCUCAUCAGCAGUGUGGUGGGAGUCUGGUACCUGCUCAAAAAGCACUGGAUAGCCAAUAACCUGUUUGGAUUGGCGUUUGCCCUGAACGGAGUGGAGCUGCUCCACCUGAACAACGUCAGUACCGGCUGCAUCCUGCUGGGGGGGCUGUUCAUCUACGACGUGUUCUGGGUGUUUGGGACCAACGUCAUGGUGACGGUUGCCAAGUCAUUUGAAGCACCAAUCAAAUUGGUGUUUCCACAGGACUUGUUGGAGAAAGGCCUUGGGGCCAGUAACUUUGCCAUGCUGGGACUGGGAGAUAUUGUCAUCCCAGGUAUCUUCAUCGCCCUGCUGCUGCGCUUCGAUGUCAGCUUAAAGAAGAACAGCAGGACGUAUUUCUACUCCAGUUUCCUGGCCUACAUCUUCGGCCUGGGCCUCACCAUCUUCGUCAUGCAUACCUUCAAACACGCACAGCCCGCUCUGCUCUACCUGGUCCCCGCCUGCGUCGGCUUCCCCGUCAUCAUAGCGUUGUUCAAAGGAGAGCUCACAGAGAUGUUCAGGUAUGAGGAGUCAUCUUCUGAGGAGGCGGGGACUAAAGAGGAUGCAACAGAGUCAGAGAAGAAGGACCAGUAGUAUCCAUGUCGCCCCCCCACCCCCACCCUCCUUCCUCCUUCAAACACUUUUCAUCAGCGUGCAGCCACCACAUUUCACUGAAGCCCCGCCCCCUCCCGCCUCUCAGCCGGGAGAAACGGGGCUCCUGUUGCCAACACAUUUGUCUCUGAUAGGCGCGGGAGUGGCCACCACUGCUCCCCGUGGUCACGGCUGCUGGUUGUUUCAGACCCGAUGCCUACCACAAAUUUUCUCACACAGGACCACGAAGCAGCGUGUCGGGGGUCAUGUCCAAUCACACCGUGCAAAGUCAUCACCAGAUCUCGUCAUGUGUUUGCAGCUCGCCGCUCAGAUAGGCAGGAAACAGUUUGAAGGAGCGCUUGUUUUAGCCUUUAAACAGCCUCAAAAGUGAAAAAACGCUGCUGCCAUUUUGUUUUCUUGUUUUUUAAACUUGCUUCGUCUCUGAAACCCUCAAACAAAGAACCACAGAUCGUUAUGAGAACCAUCCCGAAUAUCCGAUCCUGUAUUACAGUGAGGAAUCCCGGGAAUCCUCCAGACGUGGUUGUUUGUUUCUGGGCGUCUCUGCUCGCCAGGCGCUGCUCACGCUGCCUUCUGCUCUGUCACAUCAGCAUCUUCUACUCAUUUCAGUUUUUUCUUGUGAAAGGCCAGAAUUUUAAGGGGGAAAACCCCAACAGUUUCUUUUUUUUUUUUUUUUUUUUAAAUGUGUAGCGUUACAUUCUCAUUGGUUAAAGCUGUAUUGUGUUUACACCCACUUGUCCUCAUGCCGACGGUACGUGUGAGUUCUCCUGUCUGUCCCGGCUGUUUGUCAGACAAUAAAUCUGAUUUCCAAUCAGGCCUGUGGUGCUGAUGUGGCUUCAAAUUAAAACCUGCAGCUGUCACAUCCACCAGUAGAGGGCCACAGAGCCAACACUUCAUUUUUACUCUGCUGAGAUUAUGAAGAGAGGAUAAAACAAACCGACUGCAAGUCAGUUAAACUUUGAGUAUUAUAAGUUUUAUGUAGGAGAAGUGUGCUUCCAUUAAAUUGAUUAUAUUUAAAUGUUCAUCGGCCUCCUAACUGAGGCUCCCGUUAACGAACAGGAUUAAAUAUUUGAUUUGGUUGAAAUUCCUCAGGAGAAUUAAUUUUGCUCCUGUAGACGAGUUAAUGUCAUAGAUAUGUCUAUAAAAGAUGGAUGUAGCCUCCUUCCAGCUGUUUAAUGUAUUAGAUUAUGAAACUCCUGCUCAGUUGAUCUCUGACCUUUGACCUUUCUGAAUAGUUUAUGGUGUCGAUCGCUGGCUUCAAUUUUUAUCAAAUACAAUGUGAUGUUGACUCCAAGUUAAAGGAUAAAGCAGGAUAUGUCUUACUGUAUGACUGAGCCGGUGAUUGCAUCAGAGCCACCCUCUGAUACCACAGGGGCUGUCCAUCUUUUAUAUACAGUCUGUGGUAAGCUUUGCAGCACAGAAGCAUCACAGGUACACUUUUUAAUUUGGGGCAGAAAAGUGGGGGAAAAAAAAUCAGUUAUUUAAUGUUUCAAGCCUUUUUUUUUUUUUUUUUUUUUUUUUUUUGUGGUAAUGCAGAAGCCGACAAUGAUGUGGAAACGGUUUCAAACCAAAAGCACAGUUUGCAUUUAUUUGUAUGAAAUAAAGGUGAAACACAAACUGAUUUUGGUACUUCAGUUCAUAGUGAUGAUAAUUAGGAAAGUUGGAGCUCCAGGUGUGACUGUGCAGUGCAGACACCCUUCCAGGUACAUGACGGUUAAAAACAGCUGUAGUUACAAACUAAAGGGACCAAACGCUUUCCCUAAACGUCGCUCCUUUCUGUCUCUUUCAGUUAAAGAGGGUCUGGCAUUUAAAUCAGCUGCACAGGUGAGCGUUCACCUGCCCGGGUAAAUGGAACUACCUGUAUUCUUGGUUUUCAGUCUUAAAGUUCUGGCCUGUGAGAAGCUUAAACAGGAGGCCUCAGGGCCCUCAGGGCAUCCUCACAUCUUAUUGGUGAAAAGACUGCAAGGGGAGGAGCUUCUUCAUCCAGUAAGCUGUGAGAAUGAGCCCAGGAGGCGAAACGUCAAAAGGUUUUUCACUAAAGCAUCCUCGAGCUGCGAUCUGAGCUGGGUUUGAAUUAACGAGAUGAAAUUCAUUAAUCGUAGAAAUCAUUUUCCAAGCAAAACCAUUUUUCUGCUUGUUUGAAUAAAACAGAAAUUUAUCAGCAAUUAAAACAGAUGAUCUCCAAAAACUCACACUGUUACUUUUCUUGGCAAUUUCUUUUUUUUUUGGCUUAAAAUAAAGCAUAGAAAUCAAUUUCAGAUCCAAUCAGGGAUCGUCUGACUGGCAAAUCCAGAAGGUCUCCAUCUUUACAGUGAAAAGUCAGGAUUUUGGUAUUGAAGUGGUGCCUCAUGAAUAACUCAUGACUCCGGUGCAGUUUUUAAACUCAGGAGAGAUGAAAUGAAAAAGGCCAAAAACGAUUCAGCAUUUCCAAAAUCUGCUGCUUGAAGCUACGUUUCCUGUACCGCAUCAUCUCCUCCAGCCGUUUCCACAAACAACCUGUUAGUGCCAUUUUAAAGUCAUUCAGAUUUUCAAAAUAAAGGUUCAAAUUCAGACUGAAAGCAGUGGUAAUUUAUUUUGUAGCUUUGCUCCCAAAAUCAUCUGCAGGUCAGGUCGUUCAGAUUUUGGAUGCUUGAGGGGAAAAAAAAAAAUGUAACUGGACAUAUUCAGCCUCACAUUAAUAUUCUCAAUGUUAUUGAUUGUUAUGGAUGCUUUAUUAAGAGAUGCACAGUUUUGUAUUGAUGUAAAAACAAAAUGCUCUAAUCAGCUCAGUGAAGUUCAGUAGCCCCUUAACUUUAAAUAUAAUGUACCUGAAAUGUUUUUUUCUCUUCCUCUCUGGUUGUAUUUGUGGUGGCGGCCGUUUUACGGCGCCUACUGUAUCUAUUUUAUUUGCAAUAAACUUUUUGGUGUUUUUAUCACCGUAUAGAGAAGCAUAA